AGCAGGGGGCGCUGCCUUUGGAGUGAUGCUCGCGGGAGCGGCUGCGAGGGAAGGGUGCAGGAGUCCGAGGGGGCUGGUAGCAAAAGCUAGCUUUAUUGAGUGGUUAAGUACCGGGCCUAGUGCUAGGGUUUCGCUUGCAUCAUCUGAGCUAAUCACAGCGACCAGGGGGUUGGGAUCCCCAUUUUACAGGUGGAGAAACUGAGACCCAGUCAUCUCACACAGCCAAGGUCACACAGUUAAUAAACGGCAGAGACCGGAUCUGUAUUCAGAGUUUUGACUCCGGAGCCAGUGUUCUUGAAUCACUAGGCUUUGUUACUGAUGCGGAGGGAAGGUUUCCCCAGGGAAUAGAUUGGGGGAAGGGAAUCCUAGGCUGGAAGAAGGGAUGAACAACUGAGGUGAGCGUGAGGAAAUCAGUUUUUUAACAGUUACCGAGUGCUUAUUCUGUGUCAUGUAUUGUUCUAGGCAUACAAAGAUGAAUAGGGCCAGAGGCUGAUGAAGCCCUUUAGGGCCUCUCUGAAGGCCUGGGGAGGGGCCCCAACAUUGUAUUCACAUGAUUGUAUAUGUCUUUAUAAAAUUUGCAAAAGUAAGAUAUUUUGGAUUCUUUUUUUUUUUUAAGAGAGUCCUCAAAAUUAAAUAAACUUGGGUUUUCUCCAUUUUUGGAGCUGCCCUUGCAAAGGACUUAGUCCAUCCAGGUGGAGAUUAGGAUGUAAGCAGAAUGGAGCAAUGGAAGGUGCACCAGGAGUGGACUGUGGGCAGAUUUCCUGGUAUGUAAAACAGGGAUAACAGUAUACCGGCCAUGCAAAGUUUCUGCCAGGUUCAUGGAAAGCGCCUGCUUAGAAACACGCCUUAUUGUUGAUGGAAAGGAAGACUAGGAGAUACGAUUUCUGUCUGACUAAAGGGACCUGAAAAAGGAGGGAAAAUGGCUUCUGAUUCUGAAACUCUGAAUCCCAGUGCUAGGAUAAUGACCUUUUAUCCAACUAUGGAAGAGUUCCGAAACUUCAGUAGAUACAUUGCCUACAUUGAAUCCCAAGGAGCUCAUCGGGCCGGGCUAGCCAAGGUGGUUCCUCCAAAAGAGUGGAAGCCACGAGCAUCCUAUGAUGACAUUGAUGAUUUGGUCAUUCCUGCCCCCAUCCAACAGCUGGUGACGGGGCAGUCUGGCCUCUUUACUCAGUACAACAUACAGAAGAAAGCCAUGACUGUUCGGGAGUUCCGCAAGAUAGCCAACAGUGAUAAGUACUGUACCCCACGAUAUAGUGAGUUUGAAGAGCUCGAGCGGAAAUACUGGAAAAAUCUUACAUUCAAUCCUCCAAUCUAUGGUGCAGAUGUGAACGGUACCCUCUAUGAAAAGCACAUUGAUGAGUGGAAUAUUGGCCGGCUGAGAACAAUCCUGGACUUGGUAGAAAAGGAGAGUGGGAUCACCAUUGAGGGUGUAAACACCCCAUACCUGUACUUUGGCAUGUGGAAGACAUCCUUUGCUUGGCACACUGAAGACAUGGACCUCUACAGCAUCAACUACCUGCACUUUGGAGAACCAAAGUCCUGGUACUCUGUUCCACCUGAGCAUGGAAAGCGGUUGGAACGCCUCGCCAAAGGGUUUUUCCCUGGAAGUGCUCAAAGCUGUGAGGCAUUUCUUCGCCACAAGAUGACCCUGAUUUCCCCGUUAAUGCUGAAGAAAUAUGGAAUUCCCUUUGACAAGGUGACUCAAGAGGCCGGAGAGUUUAUGAUCACUUUCCCUUAUGGUUACCAUGCCGGCUUCAACCACGGCUUUAACUGUGCGGAGUCUACCAAUUUUGCUACCCGUCGGUGGAUUGAGUAUGGCAAGCAAGCUGUGCUGUGCUCCUGUAGAAAGGACAUGGUGAAGAUCUCCAUGGAUGUGUUUGUAAGGAAGUUUCAGCCGGAAAGGUACAAACUUUGGAAAGCUGGGAAGGACAACACAGUUAUUGACCAUACUCUGCCUACGCCAGAAGCAGCUGAGUUUCUUAAGGAGAGUGAAUUGCCUCCAAGGGCUGGCAACGAGGAGGAAUGCCCAGAGGAGGACAUGGAAGGGGUAGAGGAUGGAGAGGAAGGAGACUUGAAGACAAGCCUGGCCAAGCACCGAAUAGGGACAAAGAGGCACCGAGUUUGUCUUGAAAUACCACAGGAGGUGAGUCAGAGUGAGCUCUUCCCCAAGGAGGAGCUGAGUUCUGAGCACUAUGAGAUGACGGAGUGCCCGGCUGCCCUCGCCCCCGUGAGGCCCACCCAUAGCUCUGUGCGUCAAGUUGAGGAUGGUCUUGCCUUCCCAGAUUAUUCUGACUCCACUGAAGUAAAAUUUGAAGAACUCAAAAAUGUCAAACUAGAAGAGGAGGAUGAAGAGGAAGAACAAGAAGCAGCUGCCUUGGAUCUUUCUGUGAAUCCUUCGUCUGUAGGGGGACGCCUUGUCUUCUCAGGUUCCAAAGAGAAAUUGUCUUGUAGCCUGGGCUCCAGCUCUUCACAGGAUUCUGUCUCUUCUGAUUCAGAAACUAGUGAGCCUCUCUCCUGCCGAGUCCAAGGGCAAACAGGAAUUCUCACUGUGCACAGUUACGCCAAAGGGGAUGGCAGAGUCACUGUGGGAGAGCCAUGCACGAGGAAGAAAGGAAGCGCCGCUAGAAGUAUCAGUGAGAGGGAGCUGGCAGAGGUUGCAGAUGAAUACAUGUUUUCCCUGGAGGAGAAUAAGAAGUCCAAGGGCCGCCGUCAGCCUUUAAGCAAGCUCCCCCGCCAUCACCCACUUGUGUUGCAGGAGUGUGUCAGUGACGAGGAGACAUCUGAACAGCUGACCCCUGAGGAAGAGGCUGAGGAGACAGAGGCCUGGGCCAAACCUCUGAGCCAGCUAUGGCAGAACCGACCUCCAAACUUUGAGGCUGAGAAGGAAUUCAACGAGACCAUGGCCCAGCAGGCCCCUCACUGCGCUGUCUGUAUGAUCUUCCAGACUUACCAUCAGGUUGAGUUUGGAGGCUUUAGUCAGAACUGUGGAAAUGCUCCAGAUUUGGCCCCCCAGAAGCAGAGGACCAAGCCACUUAUUCCAGAAAUGUGCUUCACUUCAACUGGCUGCAGCACGGACAUCAACCUUUCUACUCCUUACCUUGAGGAGGAUGGUACCAGCAUACUAGUUUCCUGCAAGAAGUGCAGUGUCCGGGUUCAUGCCAGUGAGUGCUGCUCACCUUUCUCUGUGUCCUGUCCCAGGAGUAUGGACCUGCUCACUGCAAGUCCUUGCCACGUACUGGCCUCCCAGUCCCUAAAAGGUUGCUAUGGGGUCCCCCCUGCAAAGGCUUCUGAAGACUGGAUGUGUUCUAGGUGUUCAGCCAAUGCCUUAGAGGAGGACUGCUGUUUAUGCUCAUUACGAGGAGGGGCCCUGCAGAGAGCAAAUGAUGACAGGUGGGUCCACGUUUCAUGUGCUGUGGCAAUUCUGGAAGCAAGGUUUGUCAACAUUGCAGAAAGAAGUCCAGUGGAUGUGAGCAAAAUCCCCCUGCCCCGCUUCAAACUGAAAUGUAUCUUCUGUAAGAAGCGCAGGAAAAGAACUGCUGGCUGCUGUGUGCAGUGUUCUCACGGCCGCUGCCCAACUGCCUUCCAUGUGAGCUGUGCGCAGGCUGCGGGUGUGAUGAUGCAGCCUGACGACUGGCCUUUUGUGGUCUUCAUUACCUGCUUUCGGCACAGGAUUCCUAAUUUGGAGCGUGCCAAGGGGGCCUUGCAAAGCAUCACUGCAGGCCAGAAAGUCAUUAGCAAGCAUAAGAAUGGGCGCUUCUACCAGUGUGAGGUGGUCAGGCUCACCACCGAGACCUUCUAUGAAGUCAACUUUGAUGAUGGGUCCUUCAGUGACAAUCUUUAUCCUGAGGACAUAGUGAGCCAGGACUGUCUCCAGUUGGGUCCUCCUGCUGAAGGGGAAGUGGUCCAAGUGAGAUGGACAGACGGUCAAGUCUAUGGAGCCAAGUUUGUGGCCUCCCACCCUAUCCAAAUGUAUCAGGUGGAAUUUGAGGAUGGCUCACAGCUUGUGGUUAAGAGAGAUGAUGUGUACACGCUGGAUGAAGAGCUUCCCAAGAGAGUCAAGUCUAGACUGUCAGUAGCCUCAGACAUGCGCUUCAAUGAGAUUUUCACAGAGAAAGAGGUUAAGCAAGAAAAGAAACGGCAACGAGUUAUCAACUCAAGAUACCGGGAAGAUUAUAUAGAGCCUGCACUAUACCGGGCCAUCAUGGAGUAGGUGCUUCCAGGGUCCAAGAGAUUCCCAGCCAUCAAGGCAAGAGCACUCUGGGUUCCACAGCACAGCAGACACGGAACUCUGAAGUCUCUGAAAGUGAAGUUGUAAAAAGGAAAGGAAUGAAAUAACCGACCCAUCAACUUCUCACCCACCCUCAUUGCAUUCCGCUGUAGUGAAAGGACGAGCUGUUUCUGGGCACGUGGCAGCAGUCGCUGAUCUCCUAGCUGAGGAGCUGAGCACUGGAAUGCUGUGGCUGCACUGGCCCCAAUCCAUAGAGGGGUCAACUGUGCUGGCUGGACUGGCUGCCCUGUUCCUGGUCUAGGACUUAGCUUUGUAACUAUCACCUGCACCGACUAGGCUGAGGUGCUGGUACUUUCCCCAACCCCCACUUUUGUAUUUAUGUGUGUGCCUGUGUGUGUGUGUGUGUGUGUGUGUGUGUGUGUGUGUGUUUGGUCUGGACCAGCUUCUGCCAGCCCCUGGCCUUUACUUUCUUCCUUGCCUAUGCAGGGCAAACAAAAUGUGAAAUUCUGCCCUCAGCUGAGCUGAGUAAGGGCUCCUGGGGGUUGGCUGGAGAUGGGUGUGGCAUCUGUCCAGGCCUCGAACAGCCUCAAGACAGUGCUGGCAAAGCUGCAGUAUUGAGAUGCUAAGGAGUUUAUGCCACCUCUUUGUCUUCCCCUGAAAAAGAACAUGGGGAUAAUAACGGUGUGUGCCCACAACACUCUAGGUGCAGAGCCCCUGUGGCACAGUAUUGGAGGAUGUGAGUGGGAUUACCCUGAAGUGAGGAUUUUAAUGAUGGAAGCAGGCAAAGCCUGGUGGGUGAUUCUGUCAACAGAAAAUUGCAAUCAUGCAGGGGCUGGGAGGGUUAGGAUGAAAACCUGGGGCCAUUGGAGGCCCACUGUGGGUGGGAGGGAGCUGAUUUUGGGGUGGGGGUGGGACGAGAGGGCAAUACUGAAGGGGUUAAACAGGUUUUUGCUCUUCAUGCAUUUGUUUGCCUGGGCCCAGGAUUGGAGGGCCUCACACCAAUACCCUGUGUAUACAAGAAUCAAGAUUUAUAAUACUUCCCCUUUUUUGUUACGUAUGAACACUAUAAACCAAAUUAUUUUGAAAA